AUGUGUCCUCUCCGCCCUCCAGUGCGACAGUGUCCUCUCCGCCCUCCAGUGCGACAGUGUCCUCUCCGCCCUCCAGUGCGACAGUGUCCUCUCCGCCCUCCAGUGCGACAGUGUCCUCUCCGCCCUCCAGUGCGACAGUGUCCUCUCCGCCCUCCAGUGCGACAGUGUCCUCUCUGCCCUCCAGUGCGACAGUGUCCUCUCCCUCCAUGUCCCUCUGCCUCCAGUGCGACAGUGUCCUCUCUGCCCUCCAGUGCGACAGUGUCCUCUCUGCCCUCCAGUGCGACAGUGUCCUCUCUGCCCUCCAGUGCGACAGUGUCCCUCUCUCCCUCCAGUGCGACAGUGUCCUCUCCCCUCCAGUGCGACAGUGUCCUCUCUGCCCUCCAGUGCGACAGUGUCCUCUCGCCCUCCAGUGCGACAGUGUCCUCUCCGCCCUCCAGUGCGACAGUGUCCUCUCGCCUCCUGCGACAGUGUCUCUCUGCCCUCCAGUGCGACAGUGUCCUCUCGCCUCCAGUGCGACAGUGUCCUCUCCCCUCAGUGCGACAGUGUCCUCUCUGCCCUCCAGUGCGACAGUGUCCUUCUGCCUCCAGUGCGACAGUGUCCUCUCUGCCCUCCAGUGCGACAGUGUCCUCUCUGCCCUCCAGUGCGACAGUGUCCUCUCUGCCCUCCAGUGCGACAGUGUCCUCUCCGCCCUCCAGUGCGACAGUGUCCUCUCCGCCCUCCAGAGCUCGAGCGUCCUCUCCGCCCUCCAGAGCUCGAGCGUCCUCUCCGCCCUCCAGAGCUCGAGCGUCCUCUCCGCCCUCCAGAGCUCGAGCGUCCUCUCCGCCCUCCAGAGCUCGAGCGUCCUCUCCGCCCUCCAGAGCUCGAGCGUCCUCUCCGCCCUCCAGAGCUCGAGCGUCCUCUCCGCCCUCCAGAGCUCGAGCGUCCUCUCCGCCCUCCAGAGCUCGAGCGUCCUCUCCGCCCUCCAGAGCUCGAGCGUCUCUCUCCGCCCUCCAGAGCUCGAGCGUCCUCUCCGCCCUCCAGAGCUCGAGCGUCCUCUCCGCCCUCCAGAGCUCGAGCGUCCUCUCCGCCCUCCAGAGAGCUAGUGCUCAUCUCCUCCGCCCUCCAGAGCUAGUGCGUCAUCUCCACCCGAGUCCAUGCCCCCCCCACCAGCCAGCAAAGACACCACAGGGUAGUGAGUUUACAGCUUCUCGAACCCAGCAGGAACAUGUGAUGCCUCCAAUGCUACGAAGGACCAAAAGCAUUCAGUGGGGGAGCCAAACUGAGAGUCCCAUUGGAUCUCUCAUCUCCAAACGGGAGAUUGUGAGGUCCCUGUGA